UGUGUUGUCGACGUCACGCGUGUCUGGACUUAAACCCAGACUAGAGUCUGUAAGUCCCACCAUUCUGGAUUUGCUCACAGACCUUGAGAACCUGUUCCCACAGACAGAUGACACAGAGUUGUUUGCUCAUGAUCUACCAGCACUCCCUUUGUGAUCUACUGGUAGAUUGGGAUCCACUUAUUGGGCAGUCCGGCUGUAAGCUGUCAGUCAGAACUGUUGUGUUGUCGGAGAGUUGAUUUAAAGAUGAGUUCUGCGGCAGAGUCUGCUGAAACGAUGACAUCUACUGGUUCUAGAAGUGUCCAUAAAAUAUGGGGAAACUUCAGGUGAGCCGCGACGAUCUCUGUCUUCAUCUACUGCAGUCCAACCUAUAGGAGUUGCUGUUCUCCGGAGCUGCGUCGUGCUAAGACAACUCAUGGCUUCCGCCUCCGCGUCUUGCUCUGUUGGCCACAGGCUAGGACUGCUGGGCUUCAUCUUUUGGCCUCUUUUGGUCUUGUUGGUCUCUGGGUUGAGACCGGUCCUGGGUCUGAAGGUCUACACUAACACAUGGGCCGUCCAUAUACCCGGAGGUGUAGAGGUGGCCGAUCAAAUCGCCAACAAGCAUGGGUUCAUCAACCACGGACAUGUAUUUGGUGAUUACUACCACUUCCGGCACCGCAUGGUGACAAAGAGGUCCCUGUCCAUUCACAGUGGGACACAUGUCCGUCUGCUGAAGGAUCCUAAGGUGACGUGGGCGGAGCAGCAGGUGUCCAAAAAGAGAAAAAAGAGGGACACGUUUGUAGAACCUUCAGAUCCCAAGUUCAAGGACCAGUGGUAUUUGUAUAACAGCAACCGCCGUGACCUAAAUGCUAAUAGUGCGUGGCAGCUGGGCUACACAGGUGAAGGAGUGGUGGUGUCCAUUCUGGAUGACGGAAUAGAGAAGAACCAUCCGGACCUGGCACAGAACUAUGACCCAGACGCCAGCUACGACGUGAACGAUGGCGACCCAGAUCCUCAGCCUCGAUACACGCAGCUUAACGACAACAGGCACGGAACACGAUGUGCUGGGGAGGUGGCAGCGGUCGCCAACAACGGGAUCUGUGGCGUGGGUGUGGCCUACAACGCCAAGAUCGGAGGGGUGCGUAUGCUGGACGGAGAGGUGACCGACAUGGUGGAGGCCCAGUCCCUCAGUCUGAACCCCCAACACAUCGACAUCUACAGCGUCAGCUGGGGCCCAGAGGAUGAUGGGAAGACGGUGGACGGACCGGCCAAACUCGCCAAGGAAGCGUUCCUGCGCGGCGUGACCGAGGGUCGUGGCGGUUUGGGGUCAAUCUUCGUGUGGGCCUCUGGAAACGGCGGCAGGGAGAAGGACAGCUGUAACUGUGAUGGCUACACCAACAGCAUCUACACCUUGUCCAUCAGCAGCUCCACCCAGAACGGCAACGUUCCCUGGUACAGCGAGGCCUGCUCCUCCACCCUCGCCACCACCUACAGUUCAGGAAACAUCAACGAGAAACAGAUCGUCACCACAGACCUGAAGUCCAAAUGCACAGACUCCCACACGGGUACCUCAGCCUCCGCCCCACUGGCUGCUGGGAUUAUCGCAUUGGCUCUAGAGGCAAAUAAAAACCUGACCUGGAGGGAUAUGCAACAUCUGGUCGUGCAAACUUCUCACCCUGCACACCUGCUCACCAACGACUGGAAGACCAACGGGGUCGGACGCAAAGUCAGCCAUUCCUACGGCUACGGUCUACUCGAUGCUGGUGCGAUAGUGUCACUGGCAAAGACGUGGAAAAACGUGGCCCCGCAGAGGAAGUGUGUCAUCCCCAUGGUCAGCGAGCCAAGGAACAUCGGCAGUCGUUUAUCCAUCAACAUUAGCGUGGACGCCUGCGUCGGCACAGAGAAUCGCGUGACCCUGUUAGAACAUGUCCAGGCCCGGCUCACCCUGUCCUACAACCGCAGGGGGAAUUUGGCCAUCCACCUCAUUAGUCCAGCUGGUACUCGCUCCACACUGCUUCACCCCAGGCCUCAUGAUUAUUCGUCAGAGGGUUUUAACGACUGGGCUUUCAUGACCACCCACUCUUGGGACGAGGACCCCAAGGGGUCUUGGACACUGGAGAUUGAAAACAUUGCCGGUGAAAGUGACUACGGAACGUUGACCCAGUUCACCCUGGUGCUGUACGGCACUGGAUCUGCAUCAACCAACUCCUCGGAAAAUCCACAGCCCACCAGCUGUAAGACCCUGGACCUGAGGCAGAGCUGCAUCGAGUGCCACUCCGGCUACUUCCUCUUCCAUCAGUCCUGUGUGAAGGAAUGUCCCUCAGGCUUCUCCGUGGGCUCCGAGCCCCUCAACUACACAGUGGGCAACGCCAUAUUACCAGCUUCAGUCCCCGCCUGCCUGCCCUGCCCAGACCCCUGUCUGACCUGCAGCAGUCUGAGCCCCCAAGCCUGCCUCUCCUGCCCCCCCCACAGCUCCCUGGACCCGGUCUCUGGCACCUGCAUGCACCUCAACCAGUACAUGCGCGAGUCCCCCGACACCUUAAUGAGGGGCCAGGGUAACGCCGUGAUGCCCGUGGAGUCGGGCUCCCAGCUGCCCGUCACGGUGGCCGUGCUCAGCUGCGUGGCCAUCAUCGCCACCUUCGCCAGCAUCUUCCUGCUGCUGCAGCUGCGUUCAGGCGCCCUCAUCAAGCUGCCCUCCCUGGAGGCGGCAGGCGGUCUCGGUAGCGGUUUCCGCCUCGGGGGAAACAGGGUGGUGUCGUACCGUGGCAUCCCGACGGUGUGGGGAGACGAAGGCGUCAACACGGACUCCGAGAACGAAGAGUUUGAAGUCCACAACGAGAGGACUGCCUUUAUCAAAACACAAAGUGCUCUUUAAUGCCUUUUGCCUCGUGCUCCCUCUUCGUCACGCUUUUAAAACCCCGUCAGCCCCACGGGCCUGCCAGAUUAAGGCCGGGGGGGUGACGGUCUCUUUUCACAGUCUUUUCUGGUUUUACCACUUGUUUUUUUUUUUUUUUCCUCUUACCCACUUGGGUCCUCGGCUUCAGGAUCUCAUCUUCCACUCCUCCGUGAGAGGCCGGAUCGAAGGCUGUUGUCUCAGGACGGCCCCAGAUUCCCUUAGUUCACACUUGGGCGGGUUUUCUAUUAAAACUGUCUUUUUCCCUCCUCUCUUCCUUAAUCACAUCAGCGUCUGUGCUCGGUCCAACCCCCACCCCCCCCCCACCUCCCCACCUCUGUCUUUGUUACAGUAAACAGAUGAUUAUUA